UGUGCGACGCCCGCCCUCCUGUUAGAAAUAGGAAAAUUCAAUAAUCAAAGCAAAGGGGAGCGCGAGGAGGAAAAAUCCGGGAUCAGGGCAAGUUUGAUGGCGCAUGCGCGCUGCUGCCUCCAUCCCAAACACACACACAUUUCCCUUGACUUGGAAAGUCAACCAAAGCAGCCCCAAGUGCAGGGAAAAGAGACUUCACCAAGUGAAGGAAGGCCAUCUAAUUCACACUGUCUUCAUCUGAGACCACCUCCAAAACAAAGAACCUGACUUCUAUCCUGGCUUUGUACACUGGAAUGGACCUUGAAGCCUGUGACUUUUCAAUGCAAGAAUGAAGUGAAUUUAGAGCUAAAAACGAGGCAAGAAACGAGGCCUUGAAAUCUCCGAAAGGUAGGAGAGACUUCAGACUGCAAUGGGCAGUUACUGGCAUUGCUGUAGAGACAUCCUGAACGACGUGUUGGAAAAGGAAGUGCACAGAACAGUCUUUCUACAUUGUGAACAUGUUUGAGACCCCCAUGCAAAGCUGUGCUCUGUUCUGACUCCAAGUCUCCUCAGACAUGGCCGAGGAAAAUGCACCUGAAAGAACUAUAUGCACUGACGCAGCCUCAGGAAAACCCGCAAUGGCUGCCAAGCGCAAAGGCGGCCUGAAGCUAAAUGCCAUCUGUGCCAAGCUGAGCCGCCAAGUCGUCUUUGACCACGGGGGAGCUGAGCAGGCACGUGCGGACAAGGGGCCACAGCAGGAGAGCAGCAACAAGGACCUGCCCCAGCCUGGGACCAAAGAGCUGGGGACAGAGUUUUCAGAUGGACUCAGCUCCAUGCAGAAGAUCGAGGAGGACAAAAGGAGGGAGGUGAUCGAGAAGUGGGUGAACGGGGAGUACAAUGAGGAGCCCUUGCUGGGGCGAGCAGAGGGCAAGGAAUGUAAGAACACCGAGAGCACAGAGGUGCCCCCUGAAGGGGUUUACAUGGUGCAGCCCAAGGGCUGCAGCGACGAGGAAGAUAAUGGGGACGAGGCAGACGCUCUGAGGGGCUCACAGGAUGGCAACUUCUUGGAUGACAGGGAUUCAGAUGGGCCAGCAAAGGACGAUGCCUACCGGUCCUCCAGUGGCGAACCAGGCUCCAAGCUGGGGGCAGGAACCACCUCAGGGGAAGCUUCAUCACUGCGGGAUUACGCCGCCACCACCAUGAACGAGUUCCUGGGCAUGUUCGGCUACGACGACCAGAACAUGCGGGAUGAGCUGGCCCGCAAGAUCAGCUUCGACAAGCUGAACGCUGCUACCUCAGAGGCCGCGGCGGCUGCUGCCUCCCUCCCCGGCGAAGAUGCCAUGAGCAAACGAGCCCGCUUCUCCAAGUACGAGGAGUACAUCCGCAAACUGAAAGCUGGAGAGCAGCUCUCGUGGCCCAUGCACUUGGCCAAAUCUGAGGAGCUGGGCUCCAAGCUGGGGAAAGAGCCGUCCUCAGUGCUGGCACAGCCCAUUCGUGUGCCAGGUCCAGACGCCUCCAUGCUGACGGAGACCAAAGCCACUAUCCUGCCACUGCCCUCACCGAGCAGUUCCCAGAUGCAGGGCCUGAUGUCACGGGCCUCCAAAUAUGACUUCUUCAUUCAAAAGCUGAAGACGGGUGAGAGCAUCAGGCCACAAAAUGGCAACACUUACAAGAAGGCCUCCAAGUAUGACCUAGAAAAUGUCAAGUACUUGCACCUUUUCAAGCCUGGGGAAGGAAGCCCAGAUAUGGGAGGAGCCAUCGCCUUCAAGACAGGCAAGGUAGGCCGGCCUUCCAAGUAUGAUGUGAGGAACAUUCAGAAGCUUACUCCAGUAAAAGCUCCAGUCCCCAGCCUGGCCCCUGCUUCCCUCACCAGUACCCCCAGCAGCACUCCUGUGGCCGGGCCAGAGCAGUCCAUCUCAUUGCCAUUCAACACUCCUGAGUACCUGAAAUCAACUUUCUCCAAGACAGACUCCAUCACAACUGGAACAGUCUCGACAGUAAAGAAUGGAUUACCCACUGACAAACCAGCCGUCAGCGAAGACGUAAAUAUUUACCAGAAGUAUAUUGCCAGGUUCUCUGGCAGUCAGCACUGUGGACACAUACACUGCGCCUACCAGUACAGAGAACAUUACCACUGCCUCGACCCCGAGUGCAACUACCAGAGAUUCACCAGUAAACAGGAUGUGAUUCGGCAUUACAACAUGCACAAGAAACGCGAUAACUCCCUGCAGCACGGCUUCAUGCGCUUCAGCCCCCUGGAUGACUGCAGCGUGUACUACCACGGCUGCCACCUGAACGGGAAGAGCACUCACUACCACUGCAUGCAGGUGGGUUGUAACAAGGUCUAUACAAGCACCUCUGAUGUGAUGACCCACGAGAACUUUCACAAGAAGAACACGCAGCUCAUCAAUGACGGGUUCCAGCGGUUCCGUGCCACGGAGGACUGUGGCACUGUGGAAUGCCAGUUCUACGGGCAGAAAACCACUCACUUCCAUUGCAGGAGACCUGGGUGUACAUUCACCUUCAAGAACAAGUGUGACAUUGAGAAGCACAAGAGCUACCACAUCAAAGAUGAUGCCUAUGCCAAGGAUGGCUUCAAGAAGUUCUACAAGUACGAGGAGUGCAAGUAUGAGGGCUGUGUCUACAGCAAGGCCACCAACCACUUCCACUGCAUAAGGGCGGGCUGUGGUUUCACCUUCACCUCCACCAGCCAGAUGACUUCCCAUAAACGCAAACAUGAGCGCCGGCACAUCCGGAGCUCAGGAGUGCUGGGCCUGCCUGCCUCACUCCUGGGCUCCAAGGAUAAUGAGCAAGAGGAGUCCAGUAACGAUGACCUUAUUGACUUCUCUGCCAUGAGCUCCAAGAACUCCAGCCUGAGUGCCUCCCCGACCAGUCAGCAGUCUUCCGUUUCUCUCAUCGUCCCAGCUGCACCCUCCUCUGCGGCUGACCUUGCUUCCUCACAGGCCGCCAAGUCUGCCAACAGCAUGACACCAGCCACGAAGAUCUCUGGCCUGCUUUCCCAAGCUCUUCCUAGCAAUAUACCCUUGGCCCUGGCACUCUCCAACUCAGCACUUCCUGGAACAGCUGGAUCCUUCUUCCCCAUCAUCCCCAGUCGGGUCUCUACACCACUUCCUGCCAGCUCGGCUAAUCUGAUGACCGCUGGUUCUUCUGGCACCAUUCCAGCAUCAUCUGCUCCUACAGAUUCCUCAUCCCAGGCAGUUUCAGGAUCUGGUGAGCCAGUGGCUACUUCUUCGCCUGCUCCAGCAGCCUCUAUAAUGGAAAGGAUCUCUGCUAGUAAGGGAUUAAUCUCUCCUAUGAUGGCCAGGCUGGCAGCAGCUGCACUCAAGCCCUCUGUGGCACUUGAAGCAGGUAAUGGACAACCAGCACCUUCUGGACGCUUCAAUCCAGUCCAGGUGAAGCAGGAACCUGCGGAGGCCAUGGGACCGACAUCUGCCACCAGCCAGGACCCCUUGCAGGAGCACAGCUUGGACCUGAGUGUUAAGGACCACGGUAAUGAAUCAAAUGGCCACACAGUCUCAGCAAAUUCAUCUCUUUUAUCCUCGCUUAUGAAUAAGAUGUCCAAGACCAGUGCCAGCCUUGGCAACCUGCUGAACAUUAAGACAGAAGGCGAAGGCAGCCAGGCUGGGGCUGGGGAGCCAACCCAGUACUUGGGCAAGGCAGUGAAGGCACUUGUCCAGGAGAAGCUCUCUGAGCCGUGGAAGAUGUACCUGCGCCGGUUUGGCACCAAGGAUUUCUGUGAUGCCCAGUGUGACUUCCUCCAUAAGGUGCAUUUCCACUGUGUGGUGGAGGAAUGUGGAGCCCUCUUCAGCACCCUGGAUGGAGCCAUCAAGCACGCCAAUUUUCACUUCCGAACUGAAGGUGGAACUGUGAAAAGCAACUCUGAGUCUCCCUUCUCAACUGCUACUGAGAAUAAGGCUUCACUGGCCCCUUCAUCACCAUCUGCUGCUUCUGCCACCAUGGCCAGUGCUCCUGCCCUUGACGUGCCCACUCCAAAUCCAGCUGCUAUGCCCUCUGCUCCCACACUACUUGCUUGGAAGCAGCUGGCUUCAACCAUACCCCAGAUGCCUCAGAUCCCAGCGUCAGUGCCUAACCUGGCAGCUUCACCCUUGGCAACGACUUCCCUGGAGAAUGCCAAGCCUCAGGUCAAACCUGGAUUUCUUCAGUUCCAGGAGAAUGAUCCCUGCUUGGCAACAGACUGCAAGUACGCCAACAAAUUCCACUUCCACUGUCUCUUUGGGAACUGCAAAUAUGUGUGCAAAACCUCUGGCAAAGCAGAGUCCCACUGCCUGGACCACAUCAACCCCAACAAUAAUCUGGUGAAUGUGAGAGACCAGUUUGCUUACUACUCCCUGCAGUGUCUCUGUCCAAACCAGCACUGUGAAUUCCGCAUGCGAGGGCAUUACCACUGUCUGCGCCCUGGCUGCUACUUCGUGACCAACAUCACCACCAAGCUGCCCUGGCACGUGAAAAAGCAUGAGAAGGCAGAGAGAAGGGCAGCCAACGGCUUCAAGUAUUUCACCAAGCGGGAAGAAUGUGGCAGACUAGGUUGCAAAUACAACCAGGUGAACAGCCACUUCCACUGCAUCCGAGAGGGCUGCCAGUUCUCCUUCCUGCUCAAGCACCAAAUGACAUCCCAUGCCAGGAAGCACAUGAGAAGGAUGCUGGGGAAGAACUUUGAUCGUGUUCCUACUCAGGUUAUUGGCCACACUCCAAGAAAUGAAAAUCUCCCCCAGGUUGGCAGCAUGGCACCCAGCCCAGCCUCAUCAGGAACCCCAGCUUCCUUUCAGGGACCCCCGAGCAUGAUGGACACUGAAACAGAAGAGUACAUGGAUUACACUGGCUGUAGCCCUGGGGGUAUCUCCUCUGAAUCUUCCAAUAUGGACCGCAGCUGCUCCAGCACUCCAGUGGGCAAUGAAAGUACAUCAGCAGGGAACACCAUCACUAUGCCAACUGCCUCGGGGGCCAAAAAGCGUUUCUGGAUUAUUGAGGACAUGUCCCCAUUUGGCAAGCGCCGCAAGACCGCGUCCUCACGCAAGAUGCUGGAUGAAGGGAUGAUGCUGGAGGGAUUUCGGCGCUAUGACCUCUACGAGGACUGCAAGGACUCCAGCUGCCAGUUCUCUCUCAAGGUUACCCACUACCACUGCACACGGGAGAACUGUGGCUACAAGUUCUGCGGCCGUACCCACAUGUACAAGCACGCCCAGCACCACGACCGUGUUGACAACCUAGUAUUGGAUGACUUCAAACGCUUCAAGUCUUCACUGAGUUGUAACUUCCCAGACUGUCAGUUCUCUGGCAAUAGCACACACUUCCACUGUCUGCGCUGCGGCUUCCGCUGCACUGACAGCACCAAGGUGACAGCCCACCGCAAGCACCACGGCAAGCAGGACGUCAUCAGCGCCGCCGGCUUCUGCCAGUUCAGCUCCAGCGUGGACUGCGAGGUGCCUGACUGCAAGUACAAACUCAAAUGCUCCCACUUCCACUGCACCUACCCCGGCUGCAAGCACACGGUGGUGGGGAUGUCUCAGAUGGACUCUCACAAGCGCAAACACGAGAAGCAGGAGCGAGGGGAGCUGCCUGCCAUCUCUCCCGGCCCCGAGGGCCUUGCCCACUCCACUCUUGAGUAUGAUAUCCAGAACUCUUCCAUCAACCUGGACAGUUCGCUCAACCUCAGCACUGACAACAACAGCUCCCUCUUCUUCCUGCAGAACGCGGCUGGCGUGGGCCUCAAUGACUCCCUGGACCUCAGCAAGAAGCAGGCAGAAGCCGCCGAGGGCCCGUCCCCAAGCAGAGCCGGGGCCGCGCCGCUGGAGAGGAGCGCGGGGGCACCGGGCUCUGGGGAUGUGGAGGACGAGGAUGACUCUUCCCAAGAGGAUGAAGAGGACGAUGAGGAGGAGAUGAAUGAAGAAGAGGAGGAUGAUGAAGAGGAGGAUGAUGAUGACGAUGAUGAGGAGGAUGAGGAGGAGGAAGACCUGAACACGGAUUCUGAAGAAUCGCUGCCGGACCCUGAAGGCCUGGCUGCUAAAGAAGAUGGAGAACCAGAGGAGGGUGCUUCUUCCACAGACCAUGGCGAUGCUUCCAGGCCUCAGGGCGAGCCAGCCCUCACUCCAGCCCCAGCUCCUGCCCCUGCUCCAGCUCCGGCUGCUGCCUCAGCCUCCACCGUUGCUCCAGCAGCUUCUCCUUAAUCCUAGAGACAGCAACGGCAGUGGUUUGGUUUUUCUCUUACACAGAUUUACUAAGAGGACCCCGUAUAAGGCAAGAACAAAGAUGGGGAUGGCAAAUGAAAAACAAACUCCGUGCCACAGAUGAGAGAGAGGAAGGAAGGAAAUCCCUGCUCCUCCCCAGGCCCCAGAAGAGAUCAGCUGGCAGCAGGACUGGUGCUGCAUCACUCCAUUCAACAGAUCCCGGAACAAGGGGGCAGGAUGCAGCAAAAAAUACCCUUUAUAUGGACACGAACCCUGAGGGUACCCACUACUUUGCCUUGCUCCCUGCACGGUGCGUGGGGCCUGUGCCCAUCUGGGGACCCUUUUUUAUGGGUGGGGCUCUAUCCCCCCCAGUUUUCUUUCUGGGUUUUAUUUUUCCAUGUUUUCAGUUGUACGAUAAUAAUAAUAAUCUCCACUUCUUGGAGGGGGGUGGGUGGGAACAAGAGGUAAUGAAUUUUAGAAAUAUAUAUUUGUGUGUGUGUCUCUCUAUAUAAUGUACACACACACACACAUAUAUAAAAUUAAAGGAAUUGGUGUCACAAAGACAAGUAGCUCAGCUUUUGCCAGUGGGAAGGAGGGGGUGAGGAGUGUGCUCUCUCUCUCUCCCCACCCUUCCCCCUUCUUUCUCCAGCAUUAAAUGGCAUCAGACAGCCAGGGUGGGAGUGGGUAUUUAUUGUCACAUAAAUGAGGAUGCAUUAAUGAAUGAGCAGGGGUGGGAAUGGGACACUCCUCUGUUCUUCCAGAUCCUUUUUACUGUUAAUGAUAAUAAUUUUGAAUGCUAUUUAUAUUGUAAAACUUUCUCAGUCUACACUUUCUCUGUAGGACACCUCUCCUCAUCCCUGCUGUUCUGACUGUAGGGAUUUAGCUGAAGUAACCUGGGAAGAACACAGCAGGCAGUUUAAAGGGUCUGUCGCACUGGAGGACUGGGGUUACUCUGCCAUCCAGUUCCAUCUCAUCCCAACCCCUAGGUGCUUCCUCUCUGCGGAGGUGAGGCGUUUUUGUGGUGCUUCAGUAUCCCCAUCUCAGGAGGCUGUGAGCUGCCCCUGCCCCGCGGUGCAGCCCAGGGAGCACCAAGCUCUCACAGGAGCGUCCUGGUUCUACAGCAGCCUCGGGAAAGGGCCCUGCCCUGCCCCAGGGCGGGACCGGGACAGUCCCAUCCCGGCCCUGCUGCAGGCACGCCGGUGUGUGACAGACACGGAUCUCAGGUGACUCUGGCAGGGCGCGCUCGGAGCCCCCUGGGGUGUCCUGCUCAGCUCUGGGCUGGGGAGGGGGACAGCCCUGCUCUGCUCCUGCCUUUUGCAGUGACAGACCUUGCAGCCCGGCGCUGGGGAGGUGCCACCUCGGGACUGCUGCAGCUCUGGGCCACCCUGACCUCUCCCACACGCAGGGCUGAGGGCCUGGGCACUGCAGCAGCAGCUGCUGCCCCUCCAGCAGCCUGGGCUUUCCCUGGUCCAGGCUCUUCCCUGCUGUCUUUUCCUGGCCUGGCCUGGGAGCACACACUACAGGACACUGUCCCAGACUCUGGCAGGUGCCACAGUAGCUGUUUGACCCCAAAUCCUUGCCUGAGCCUGAAAGGGCUUAUCUACACACACCAGGGCACCAGAAGGACUAGUAUGAAUUAAUUCUGAUAGUUACUUUGGUGCCAGUUUUAAAGUAUACCAGAUUAGUCUGAGCUUUGUCCUUUUUUUUAAAAAAAAAAAUUCUUUUUUUUUAUACCAUGCAGGCACCCUCUCCCCUCCUCAGCUCCGUGAGCACUUCAGCUCUGAGGGAUCCCCAGGAUUCUUUUUCACCCUGAACAGAUAAAGGCCUCAAGAAAUUUAGGUUGCGCUUUUUUUUUUUGUUAUUUCCCUAAGGAACUGGUGCAGAUCAGGUCUGAUUUAUAAACAAGCAGCUCAGCUGUGUAAAUGUGGGGACAGAAUGUUCAGCUAAUGUUUCAAAAGGAAAGGAAAAAAAAAAGUUGUACAGUAUUUUUCCUGUAAAGGUUAUUACUAUAUAUAGAACAAAAGAGAAACCACCAAUGCCAAGGGGUGGAGGGGGAGGUGUCACCUGCCUUCUGGAUAGCCCUUACAUAUGGUUAAUUGUGUGCAAUUUUUUUUCUCCUUUUUUUUUCUCUCUCUCUUUUUCCCCCCCCUUUUUUUUAUUUCUCUUUCGAGGUAGUGUAUGUUUGUAGGGGUGGCAGGGGAGGGGGGGCCUUAAUGCUGUGGUUUGAGGCUGACUUCACACUCCCAGCACUGACCGGACCUGCACGAUUCCGAACUCUAACUUGAAUUUUGUAGAGAUGAAACAAAUGAAAACAAAUGAAAUAUUAUCACUAGUUUGUAGUUUAUUUAAUUCUUUGGAGUUCUUUUCCUCUAUCAGCUGUUUGUGUGGCUUUUAUUUUUAUAGGGUUUUUUUUGUUGUUUGUUUGUUUUUGUUUUGUUUGGUAUAUCCCCUACCCUCAGCUGUGUGUUUCCUAGCACAACCCCAUUCUUGAAUAGAAUGAAGCUCACGUUCCUGGGGCACAGUGAUGGAAUGAUGCCCUGGAAUUUCUCAAAAUAGGAUGGGGCAAAAAGAUUUUACUUUACUAGCAUUUGCUGCAGGUUCUGUACUUGUACAUUUUCCCUGUGUUCAGCUACUUAGAUAGUAUGGUGAUGGGCUCCAGGAGGAAUCCUUAGAUUAACAGAAGCCACAUCUCGCAGAGCAGAUGUGAUUGUUUUGUACGGCCAACACCAGCAGGAUGUCUGUCGGUGACGGUGGGAG